AUGCAUAUCAGUCUUGACAACAUUAGCUUCUACUCUCCUCGCUCUCCUACAAAGCCCGCCUCGCGUGCGCUCCCUGCUUCCUGUUGGAGGGCCUAUAAUGCCUCCGUGGCUCCUCAACCCCUUCCCCGUGCCCUCCCGCCGAGACCGUAUUUUCAAGAAGCGACCUUCAGCUCAACAUCCGGUGCCAGCACUGAUGUCUCUCUGGAAUCGCGAGAUACCAUGGCGGAAAAUUUGGAUUCACGUGCAGGCAGUGAAUUUGAUAUCGAAAUAGAGAGAGCUGUGACACAGAGCAUCCAGGAAACGCACGAGACAGACUUGGACCUCCACCUCGACUCAGGGCUCCGAAACGAAUGUCGCACUGACGUGUCUGAAAGCGAUCACACAUACUUAAUAACUGAUCAUCCGGACCGAUGCCCUUUGGGAGAGUCUCUUGGUGACUUAGAUACGGCUUUGAUCCCGGCAGAACCUCAGUUGCAUCAUGCAGAACCGCCCAUUGCCUCAACCGUUGCCCCAGCCGACCUGCUACGAUGGCGCCGAGAUAGUAUCUCGUCGCUAGGCAUUUAUGAUGAGGCUGACAAGAGCCCUGGCCCGCCCGAAGUCAACUUGACUUGCCCGCGUGUCUUGCCAUCACCUCCAACAGAUGUACCAGCACGGCCUAGCAUUGAAACCAUUAUCCAAGAUGAAUCCGUCGUAGAUGACACCACAUCCGGGUUAGAAAACUAUGGAGAUCAGACGGGUAUUACAAGAAAUGGGGUGACAACACAAAUUGUCCAGGUCAAUGAACCCUCAAUCAGCGAGGCUGUCUCGGAUAAGGAAGUAAGAGGCAGACUCACCGAGAGUCAAACGCGUGACUUUCCCCGUCUUAGACCUCAAACUCGCUCGAUCAACCGAUCGCAAGCCACGCUGGCAAACUCUCCAUCCCUUUGUCCGCGACGAAAGGCAAAAUCCGUGCAGCGAGAGCGAUUUCCUGCCGUUUCCGUUGUCAUCCCUGUCCGUCGAAACGAUAAAGUGGUUGCAAGUGCCAAGAAGAACUCUCUAACCAGAAUACGACGGUGUAGUCGCUCGAGCGAUAGCGACAACGACAGUGACAACCUCGAGAAAGAUCGGGUAACACGGAUGUCGAUGAACAAAUAUUCACCGUCGUCCGGUGGACCUAAUUCCAAGGCAAGGGGGCGCCCACUGAAAACGUCGAAGAGGGCAAAGGGAAGCGUCUUAGCUCCGAGCAAUGAUAUCGUCGGAAAAUACCCUAAUCAAUCCCGAACCCCCUCAGGUGGUAGUUUGGCUGUCUCACUGGAUAAAACACAAGAGAUUUUCGGUCGCGGAGUUCUCCGUAUCCAAACUCACGGUCCUGGACAAGCCUACUUCAUGACGUUCCUUCCAGAGGUUUCUCAUCACCCCUCUAUGCCGUCACCGUCUGAAAUGCCUCCUGAACAGUCUUCACAACAGUCUUCACGCUCUGAAGAUUUUUCUCAGAACACAUCCCCGCGACAGAUGGGACGCCGAAAACGCCAUAAGCGAAAUAUAUCUACAGCCUGUGAAGAUGGAGACGGGCGGGCGACCAAGCUGCCACGACACUCGCCAUCUCGUGAUGGCCGCAACGAAGCCCAGCGAAAGUGCAGGAGGCGCUUGCGGUGGUCUUCAAAAGAGGUGGAUUUUUUGAAGGAGUUAAGAAGAGACGAGCAACGACCAUGGUCGGAGGUGACGAGCUUAUUUUUGGACCGAUAUCCAGGAAGAAGUCCUGCUGCGAUCCAAGUAUACUGGAGUACGUCUGGGCAUCGAGAAGGCAAGACUAAGAGCGCGCCAACUAUCGUCUAA